AUGUCCCACCCAGCCCAGGCUCCGCCCUCCCAUUCCCCGCCCCAACCGGGGCCCCUAGUCCGCUAUUUCUCUCCGCAGACCCCGCCCUCAGCCCCGGAAGACUCCCCGCCUCCGGCCCCGCCCCCCCGAAGUUUCUUGGGCCGCCAGCCGCUGGCGGGACAGAACAUAGAGAGCCGCCGCCCGGCCGAGUGCGGAUGGGACUGCAGGAGCCUUCACGGCUCCGGGAGUGAGCGGCGGAGCGGCCGGACCUCCGCGGAUUCGUCAUGGAGGAGGCCACAGCGGGCCUCAGCCAUGACCAAGAAGCUGGAGCCAGCCUUGCCCGGUGUGAAGGAGGGAAGUGAGAAGCCACGAGGAGGCCGGACAGCAGAUAAGGCCGGCUGGAUCAAGAAGAGUGGUGGAGGCCUCCUGAGUCUCUGGAAAGAUCGAUACCUGCUCCUCUGCCAAGCCCAGCUGCUGGUCUAUGAGAAUGAGGAUGAGCAGAAGUGUGUGGAGACAGUGGAGCUGGGCAGUUAUGAGAAGUGCCAGGACCUCCGUGCCCUCCUCAAGCGGAAACACCGCUUCAUCCUGCUGCGAUCCCCAGGGAACAAGGUCAGCGACAUCAAAUUCCAGGCACCCAGUGGGGAAGAGAAAGAGUCCUGGAUCAAAGCCCUCAACGAAGGAAUCAACCGAGGCAAGAACAAGGCCUUUGAUGAGGUAAAGGUGGAUAAAAGUUGUGCCCUGGAACAUGUGACACGGGACCGGGUUCGAGGGGGCCAGCGACGCCGGCCACCCACGAGAGUCCACUUGAAAGAGGUGGCCAGCGCAGCUUCCGACGGGCUUUUGCGCCUGGACCUGGACGUUCCGGACAGCGGGCCGCCCUCUGUGUUCACCCCCAAUGACGAUGCCAGUGCAGCCGAGCCCCGAGACACACGCCGGCCCCUCAUGCCUCCCACCAAGCCUUCCCCAGCCCCUGAGCCUGCCGGCUUCGGCUUUGGUGAUAGGACAGAGACCCCUGCAGAGGAGAGAGCUCCGACCCCUGAGACACAUGCUGAGAACCAGGAGGACUCAGAGACCCCAGCCGGGGAGGAUGGGGACCCUGAGCAGCUCCUCAACAGGGUUCUGCCUGAAAAACUGAAGGUGAGCUGGGAGAACCCCAGCCUCAAGGAGACCCCUGCCUCUGAGGAUGCAGGAGCACCUCAACUGUCCUGUUCUGAGACUUUGGAGACUACCCCCAAGGAGGGUGGGAAGCCCCCUGUUCCCCCACCCAAGAUCUUAUCGGAGAAACUGAUAGCUUCUAUGAGCAGGGGAGAGCCUUCCGGACCAGCCCAGAGUCCUGAAGUCCCCAAGACCUCUCCUCCAGGCCUAGUCCAGGUCUCAGUGAAUGGUGUGGAUGACAGCACUGAGCCCGCUAACCUGUCCAAGGCCACGGCCACCCCAGGGACCCACCUGAAGGAUGGGACAGCGUUCACUGCACCGUCUCUCUGCGACUCAUCGCCUCACUUCCAUCCCCGCUCUUCCUCCCUGGGGGACCUUCUUGGGGAGGGCCCUCGGCACCCACCACAGCCCAGAGAACGGCUGUAUCGGGCUGAGCUGGAGGUGAAGGUGGCCUCAGAACAGACGGAGCAACUGUUAAACAAGGUGCUGGGCAGCGAGCCAGCGCCCGUGAACGCUGAGACACUGCUCAGCCAGGCUGUGGAGCAGCUGAGACAGGCCACUCAGGUCCUGCAGGAAAUGAGAGAUUUGGGGGACCUGAGCGAGGAAGCACCUGGACUGAGGGAGAAGCGGAAGGAGCUGGUGACCCUCUACAGGAGAAGUGCACCCUAG